AUGGCGUAUCAGAGUUCUGGGUCGAGUUCCAGUUCCGGCCCAUCUGGGUUCCAGUUCCUGAAUUCCCCUUUUGGUGACACUACCUACACCAAGGUCUUUGUUGGGGGGCUCGCCUGGGAGACUCACAGCGACACCAUGCGCCGCUAUUUCGAGCAGUUCGGAGAGAUUCUCGAGGCCGUUGUUAUUUCCGAUAAGAACACAGGCCGAUCCAAAGGCUAUGGCUUUGUGACUUUCCGAGAACCGGAGGCUGCUGCACGAGCCUGCGCCGAUCCAACUCCAGUUAUCGAUGGCAGGCGGGCAAAUUGUAAUCUGGCUUCACUCAGGCGGCCGAGGCCACCUAUGCAUUAUGGGCGCCCAAGACCAGCUGCUCCAUACAUUGGAAGCAUGCAAGCUACCCGAGGGGCUUACAUUGGAGGAUAUGGCUACCAGCAACCUGUUCCUUACAACUAUCAACAAGGGCUAAUGUAUCCUAAUUAUGGGUUUGGAACUUAUGGACCUGAAUACACUUAUUCACAGGGUGUUUACAACCCCUAUGCGGGUCAGCAAUAUCUUCAGAUGUAUGGAGUUCCAGGGACGGUUAAUGCUGCUCUUUAUCCUUAUGGACAACUGGGUCAAACAAUACCUGGUGGUCAGGGUUAUCCUACAGUUCAUGGAUAUGCAAUGCCUGCCCAGCAGAUAGUCCAAUUUGGUGGACCCAGUGUUAAUGCAGUUACAACUGCCCCAGUGCCUCCAGUUCAAGCACCAUAUCCUACAGGUAUGGUAGCAAGUGUUGCGGCACAACCACAUUUUAUAGUUUCUGCUCCCCAAUAUAUGCAGGGUAGUGGUUCUGAGCAAACAGCUGGAGAAAAACAAAAGAAAGAAAAAGGCAUCUACCUGCCACUAGUAUCCUUAGAUUGCAGCAGGACUAAGAGCAGCAGAACUGCUACUUAA